AUGUCUAACCUGUCGCAAAACCAACAACAGAAGCGAGGCUUGCAACAAGUGGGAAGCUUACCUCUGUCGGCGUCACCACAGCAGCUGUCGCUGUCAGCCGGGUUACUACCUCCCUCAUCGUAUUCCACAAACCCAUAUCACUCGUCACCAUACACGACAAACACGUCGCCGUUUGGCUAUCAUCAACCACCCCCUCUUCAACAUCAUCAACACAGCCCCUUUCAGCAACACCCUCUCGCUCCACCACCACAACCUCAACAGAUCCCUCAAUCACCACUGAAUCCACGAAAGCGACGCGCAAGUGAACUCGACUCCCUUCCUGGUUCCUCUCUUGGUGGCUAUGGCCUAGACCAACAUGGUCUCUUUGGCAACCCUGAUCGUCAGAAUAGCGAGCAAAACUAUGUCUUGAGUGGACCCUCGGGUGGUGGUCAAGGACCAGGUGAUGCCGGUAUUCCUCGACAUGACACCCCACCUGCACGACCAAAGAAAGGACGUACCAAUACACCUUGGACACCUGCGGAAGAGCAGAGGCUGAAGGUGAUGAGAGAUGCGGGCAACAGCUGGAGCGAGAUUGCAAAGACGUUUCCCACACGGACCGAAGGCAGUGUCAAGAAGCAUUGGUAUAAGGACAUGCACUACGCAGAGUUCGCGGAAGACGAGAGCGCAGCACUCCUCGCGGCCAUCAAAGAAUACGAGCAGAGCAAAUGGAAGGUCAUUGGACAGAAAGUCGGUAAACCUGCAAAGGCUUGCGAGCAAUAUGCCAAAGAGCAUUUCGGCACCAAGAGCUGA